AUGGAAAAUCGAUACGCGCCGCCGAUUUGCCGGUGCGGCUGCCACGCACCAUCGCUGAGAACGAAGAGGCCGGCGACGUUCGAGCCGCCGUGCGAGCCGUGCUGCUGUUGCCAUUACAAUCCCUUUGAGGACAACUCGAAGGAAUGGGCGGUGUACGAUCUGCCGUUCGCCCUGCGAAAGCUCACGGUAAUGAAGUGUCAGAUGAAGAAGUGGCGGAUGGAGCGGCUGCAGCUCGAGAGCGAAAAUAGGUCUCUGAAACAAGCCCUGCAAUCGUUCGUUUCGACGGAAUACUUCAGGCGGACGAAUAAUCUUCACGCAGGUGUGAAGCCUAAUGAGAUAUUGACGCCCGAUCCCUUGCACGUGCAUUACCGCGAGGAGAACGAGAGGCUGAAGAAUGCAAAUGAGGAACUGACAGAAAAAGUUCGCGACUUCGAGGAGACCAUCGCCGAACGAGAUUGCUGCGACGAUCCAUGCGGGGAAGUUAAAUACGCGAGGGAGAAAAUAGCGGCAUUGAGAGAACGUUUCGCCGCCGAGAAAAAACAAAUGCGAGACGAGAUCUCGUGCCUGAGGCUGAAACUGGCGGAGGUCGAAGAAGAUACCUCCUGCGCGGCAUUAAACCGUUUGAGAGCGAAGCUUCGUGAGUUAAUGAAAGAUGGUCAGAAGACCGCCGAUCAACAGGUGCCGGUCUCAAGGAGUCGCGAGGAUCUACUACGGGCCGCUCUAACCCGAAUUCGUCGUAAGUUGAAGGUCGCUACCGUGCCGGUGUUAGAUGAAGACGAGCUCGACAGGUCGACGUUGCUGAAUCGGCUUCAGCACUGCGAAGCGCUAGUGGCUGAACUGACGGCACAAUUGAACGAGAAGACGGCUCAGGUGGAGGUCCUGCGAAACGAGCUAGAAGAACGGAAACGCGCGAUUCCGGUGUGGAAGUCAGACCUGGAUCGAAUGGCUGUCAGCCACGAAGUUCACGAAGUUCAUGACGAUAAGGUUGCAGCAGAACUGGAGCCGGAAACAACAACGCCUCUCGACGAACUGGAGCUGGAGAGAACGACGCUCCUCGACGAGCUGGAGCCGGAGAGAACGACGCUCCUCGACGAGCUGGAGCCGGAGAAAACGACGCUUCUCGACGAACCGGAGCCGGAAAGAGAGACGCUUCUCGACGAACUGGAGCCGGAAAGAGAGACGCUUCUCGACGACCUGGAGCCGGAGAAAGCGACGCUUCUGGGUGAGCUGGAGAAGAUGCGGGAUGUGGUGUCCGAGAGGAACGAUCAGAUCGUCGCCUUGUUGGAGCUGAAGGAGACGGUCGAGAAGGAGUGUGCCGAGAAAUUGGCAGCCGCACAGGCCAAGCUCGAGGCGUUCUCCGCGCAGGAGACGAUCCUCGGGAACGAGGUGGAGCAGCUGAAGGCGCGCGCGGAGCGUUUGGAGCGUCAGCUCGCCGACAGCGGCGAUGAAGCAGCCGAGCUGCGAAAACGGUGCGCCGACUAUGAUGAAUUAUUGAGCAGAGUGCAAGAGUUGGAGGAGAAUUCGGCAGCGCUACUCGGAGGCGAACUGGACGAUGCGCGGAACGCCGAGAGAAACGCGCGGAACAAUCUCGAGGACUGCAAAGCGGAAUUGAGCAAAGUGCAAAGUGACAGGGCGAAUCUCCGAGAUACGAUGGACCGCCUGCAGCUUGAAUACGAGGAAUUAAAAGACACCCUCGAAGAUCUCAGGUCGGAACUCGAGAGCUCGGAGGAACGGAACGAGGGAUUAAUGUUGAAGAAUAAGCGCGCAGCUUCGGACUACGCCGCCUUGUCCGCAGAAUUGGACAGAUUGCGGGAAGACAAGCGGGGAAUGAUCGAGCGGUUGGCCGAAUUAGACCGCAGCAAGAGUGAGAACGAGACUCUGCGAGAGGAGAUGGAUAAGCUGCGGCGCGAAGAGACGUCGUUGAAAGAACGCCUCGAAACAACGGUAUCCGAGCGCGACCGGCUAAGUGCCGAGAAUGCGUCAUUAGACGAGGAAGCUGGGAAAACACGCGGGGAAGUGAAGAGGGCGCAGGAGGAAAAUAACGAGUUGAAGAACGAGAUCGAUAAGUUGAACGUUCAGCUACGUCUCUUGGAAGAAAAAUUUCAAGUGGCGCAAAAAGAGCUGGGGGGCACGAGAGACGAUUUGCAUAGUCUCGAGGCUGAGAAUGAAUUCUUGAGGAAGGCAUUGGAAAAUGCUAAAACGGAAGCUAACGAACUUAAGGAAGAAAAUGUUGCCUUGAAAAACAAUCUUGAUAACGUGAUUACGGAAUUGAAGUCUGCGAGGAGCGAGUAUAAUGACAUUAAAGCAAAGGGAGAUGAUUUAUUAUCUGAAAACGGUUAUUUAAGAGAGGAGUUGGAGAAGCGAGCGGAGGAGACGAGUCGGUUAAAGCGCGAAGCGGCGGCAUUAAAGAAUGAUCUCGAUAGACUAUGGGCAGAGAUGGAAAGGUUGAAGGACGAAAGUGCUGUUGUUACGAGUGCUCUUAAAGACGAUUUGUCUAGGACAAAUGUAGCGUUAGAUGACGCGAGGAUACAAUUGGAAAAGUUCAAAGCCGAGAAUAAAGCUCUCGCGGGAGAAUUGGAGAAGGCUAAUGUAAAUAGCGGCAAGUUAUCCGCGGACUUCGAUGCUCUGCAAAGCGAAAUGGCGAAGUUGAAGUCGGAGAACAGCAAGUUGCUACAAGAGGCGGCCGAUGGGCAAGAGGAAGCAACAAGAUUAUUGUUCGAAAUAACGACUCUGAAGGGAAAAGUCAAUAAUAUGAGGGAGGACCUGACGAGAGCAAACAACGAGGUUGCAGAUUCGCGGAAAGAAAUAGCCAAGUUAAGUAAUGAACUGGAGGAGGCGAGAGUUACGAACGAGAGGCUGAGGGAGGACGUUCGCCGAACAGAAAUAGAAAACGCAGCCGUCAGGAUCGAGACGGAUAGUUGCAGAGACGAGAAUGAUAAGCUGAGAGCAGAUAUAAGCGAAUUGGAGAAACAGAUGGACUUAUCGGCCAACGAAGCGAAUAAAUUGAGAACACAACUCAGUGACGUCGAGAAUCAGCUUAAGUUUCUCGAGCCUCGGAUGACUAAUUUAGAGAUCGAUAGAAACAAGCUGCAGAACGAGAUUGACAAACUGAAAUUGGAUCUAGGUGCGGAAACUGCCGGCAAACGAGACAUUCAGGAGGAAUUAGCGGCGUUGAAGAGCGAGAUGAAGAAUCUGAUCGCGAAAAUCGAUGAGCUGAAGGCGCUGAAUCAUCAGCUGAAGGAAGAGAAGGACGCGCUUAGGGGUGAGCUGUCGACACGGAGCGAGCAAUCGUCGAGCUUAGAAGCCGCGAAUGUCGAGAUGAAGAGCGAGAUCGACGAUUUGGGCCGAAUUAUUUCUGACUUGCAGUCGCAAGUGCCCAAGCUCGAGGAAAUUGUCGAGCAUUGGAAGCAGGAGAAUUACAAGCUCCAGACGGAAGUAGAUAAGUCACAUGCCGAGAAUGAGAGGAUAAAGGAGGCCUUAAAUAGCUGCCAGGUCGAGCGACAAGCAUUAGAGAAAGAGAUGGCUAAUCUUAGAAAUGAGAAGAUCAAGCUGGAGGGAGAGCUGGCAGAGCUCAAAAAUCAGCUGCGGGAGAAUUUUGAUGCGCUUAAACUGGCGAAUGACAAGCUGAACAAGGAGGCGGAGGACUUGAGGGCGGCAUCGAUCGACGCGCGGAACACGACCAACAGUUUGCGAGAUCAAGCGGCCGCGUUGCUGGACGAGAAGGAAGCGCUUCUGAGUGAGUUACACGCUUUACGAGCGGAAGUGAGUGGGUUAACUAAAGAAAUUGCGCCGGGCGAGGCCGCGAGGGAGGCUGCCGAGAGGCAAGCGGACGUUCUGAGCGGCGAAUUAAGGGCGCUAAAAGCGGAGCUGGAUAAGACGCGUGCGGAAAACGAGACUUUGAAGCAGCAGCUGAACGACGCGAAUGAACGCGGCGCCGCCGCAGAGAGCGAGGCGGCCGCCUUGAGAAUCGAGCGCGGCAGAAUGGCGACGGAACUCGACAGCAUGGGGUCCGAUUUAGCCGCGGCGAAGAAUGACCUUGACAAGUCGACGAAUCAGAACAGCAUGCUGCAGGGAGAGAUCGAGGAGCUGAGGAAGACACGCGGGGACGCUGAAGCGAAGAUCAAGUUCCUGGAGAACGAGAACGAGAAGCUCGGCAAGGAGAGGGACGACUUGACAGUCCGAGCUGCCGAGGCUGCGAGGAAUGCCGAUGACGUACGGGCGCGACUCGAUGACGCGAUGGAGGCUCUGAAGAAAACAGGCGGGGACGCCGCUUUCGUGGAGUGGAACGCUCUGAAGGAGACACUGGCUCAUUUGCGAGACGAUUUGACUGUAUGCCGAGCGGAUAACGAACGACUAACGGCCGAGUUGGCCGCCUCGGAGAGCGUAGCGUUGGAGUUACGAGCGGAUCUGGAGAGAGUCACGGCCGAGAGUGAUCUACGGAAGGGCGAAAUCGCUCGAUUGAAAUUGGAGAACGAUAAAUUGAGCGAGGAACGUGACACGUUAAGGGACGAAUAUAGAGCCGAUUUGGACAAGAGGAAAGAUGAGCAGCCGGGGGGAUUAAUCAAAGCGGCGGUUGCGGACGGCGCGCCUGAGGCGGAUGAAUGCGGCGACUUCGUUAAGGCGAAUGAAUCACUGAGGAAACAGAUUGAAAGGCAAUAUGACGCCGUGCAACGUAUACGUGAUUACAUACGCUUCGCGGAUACCGACGGGCAAACAUCGACGAAGCCCGCACUGGCGACGACGUUGGACGACGAGCUCGGCGAGAUCGACCGCUGGACCGCGCCAUCCAUCGUGGAGUUAUUAAAAGAAUCGCGCAGACUGUCCGAGUGUAUCCACUCGGCGGAGACGGAGAUACGAUGCGUCGACAAACUACUGGGGCUGCUCGACGAGUGCCGAACGGACAAGGAGAAUUACGCGAGGCAAUUAUCGGAGCUCGGCAUGGAAGUUACCAAGGCCGCAGGUGCGGAUAAUGGCGAUGAGCUUGCAGCUUUUGACCCUGAAUCUUGGCUAAAGUCCCUGACGCUCACGCAACUGGCCGAGCUGCACGACAAGAUCUGUCUAUUGACUUCGGGCAUGGUGCAAGAGGACGACGUUCCUGCGGCCCACGAUCGACCAGCGAUUAAUUGGGACCACGGUGAUCCGCUGAAGGCGGAUUACGACGCUUUAAACCGGCGGAUCGCCGCCUUGCAGAAGCAAAUAGCCGAGAAGCAGAUUGAAGCGGGGUGGAAGCUGAGGGAAUUAAGACAGGCUCUUCGUCUCGAGCAGGCAAACUUCAUUCAAAUCUUCGACCGGAUGAAUCUCGAAAGAAAGCGCAACCUGGCUCUCCAUCUUAACAUGGAUCGUGCAACGUAG